AGGUAAACUAGCAGCAGCAGCCAUUUUAUCCACACUGAACAUUGUUGCUGUCUUUUUCACUACGUAGCGCUGCAGGCUGUCACAUUAAAGACUACAUACCAGGUAUUUCACUUAUGUCACAAUCUGUAUUUGAACUUAUCAUUGCACUUAAGCAGUGAUGACCACAGAGCAUGUGUGUGCUGUUGAGAAAGUACUUAUGACUCUAAUAAGUGUGUGUUUGAGCUAAAGUUACCAUGGUGAUCCUGAAUCGCUUGAGUGUAGAAGACGACCCACAUGAUGGUUCUACGUUGCUGCCGGAGGCUGCAGAGGCUGCUGUGACGAUGCCUGCAGCACACAAACAGGCAACACAAUCGCAUUCAAAAAACUUUUUCCUCAGCAGGAGUGAGAACCGAGUCAUCAGUGUGGUUCUCCUUGUUGCAUGCUACUCUGCGAUACUUCUUCCAGCAUAUUUCCCCCUACAUAAACAGUCUAUGAAUGAUGACCAAUAUCCCAAAGAUCUGGUUUGGACACACCUUUAUUUAGCAAGCUUGACAUUCACGCAUUUCUAUUCCAGUCCUUUUUAUCUUUCUUUCUUUUGUCCUCUUCAGGACUUGUUGAACCGCUCGGCCUCCCUGCUGGCAAGACCCUACGGGAGCGGCGCAUGCUGGGAUAUGCCUCCUCCUCUCGGGCUACGGGGGAGCAAAGAGCAUCUGGAGCAGGCUCUGGCGGCUGUACCUCAGCCUGGCCUGCCUCCGUCUUUGACGAGGAGUGAGGGACGCUGCAGGCGAUGUGUGGUGGUGGGCAGUGGGGGCGUCCUCCGUGGGAGCCAUCUUGGAUCUCAUAUAGAUCAGUAUGAUGUCAUCAUCAGGAUGAACAAUGCCCCAGUGCUUGGCUAUGAGAGAGACGCCGGUUCUCACACCACUAUUCGCUUGAUGUACCCUGAGGGGGCACCCAGCUCUGCUAACGAUUACAACAAGACCAACAUUGUUGCCCUUGUGGUCUUUAAAAGUCUGGAUCUGGACUGGCUCACCUCCGUCAUCACUAAACAACCUCUGAGCUUUUGGUCCAAAUUGUGGUUCUGGAAGGAGGUGGUGGAUGAUAUUCCCUUGAGACCGGAGAACUUCAGGAUCCUCCAUCCAGAGAUCAUUCGCAAAACUGGAGAAGUCCUACAGAAAUACUCUCAGAAACAAGGAAAUAUGGUGCCCACACUGGGUGCUGGCGCUGUGGUGAUGGCUCUGCAGCUGUGUGACCAUGUCAGCCUGGCAGGCUUUGGCUACGACAUGCAGCACCCUCACGCUCCACUUCACUACUAUGAGACCAUACAAAUGGCUGCCAUGCAGGCUCAGGUGGUUCAUGACGUGAGUGCAGAGAAGCUCUUUCUGAGGGAGCUGGUGGCUGCAGGAGCUGUGACUGACCUGACGGGAGCGCUGUGAAGUGAACAGGCUGACACUAAUAUGAACUCCACGUGCAGCCUCCUCCAUCCUCCUCUUCUUCUUCUUGCAGUCAGCCUGUGGUGAUGCUGAUGUCCUACAUAGUUAGUGGAGCUGUGCCCAUGCAGCUGCUGAGAAGCAGCAAGGCCGACCUUUAAAACACAACAUCCUCAGGGUCUGAUAGAGAAGUUAGUGAAUUUAACAAGCUCUUGAGUGUACCGGAUAAAUUUGAGUUACAUCAUCAGUCCAUAUAAGGAGCUCCCGCCUCCCCCCCACAGAGACAAAGCGACUGACAAAGUGGUCUCACUGUUCUAUGGAACGCUGUUGUUCUACGAAGCAUCUAGGUGCUGAACCAAUGCAAAGAGUGAACGCUCUUCCUGCCUGUUUGGAGGCGACAGACGUGUCAAAGAGACAUGCAUGCACAUGGCAAUAUAUGGAGGCUGGCAAAAUUAUGGAGUUCAUUUUCAUUUAUUGUGUGAUUAAUUUAUUUAUUUACUAUCGUGACACCCCUAGCCUUUACAAAGAUAAUGUGCAGUUCUGUUUGACACAUGUAUUCAUUUAACACUUUUUACAAGUUCAUUAUUGAGAGCUGUUCCUAAUGUUUUGCCCCCUUAUGGUGCUAAAUAAGGUUGUCAAAAUAUUAGAAACAGUAUGUUGUGCAGUUCGACACCACUGCAAACUACAUAAUAAACAUAUUGUUAUAUGGCAUUGUGAUGUUUGUUGAUACAGCUCUUGUAUUGGAUCUCAUUGGACAAGUGUACCUAAUGUUGUGGCAGAUGUAUACUACAUCUUUCAUUCAUAUAAUAGGAGUAAAUGUGUUUGGUGAAAUUAGUCAUAUAACCUGUUGGUGGCAGAUAUAACAU